AUGGAGAAUUGGACAGUAAAGAAAGUUGGUGAUUGGUUGAAAGCAAAUGGUUUUAAAAAGCAAGUUAAAAUAUUUAAGGAUAGGAAUAUAGAUGGAAAUGCUCUAAUGAAACUAACGGAUGAUGAUAUUGUACAACUACUUUUGGAAGUUAAUAAAGAUGGAACGAUACAAGAACCAACAAUUGGAAUGAAAAGUAGAUUUAGAACAAUGUUAAUAGAAUGGAAAAGAGAGAAUGAACAAAAAAAGCAGACUAAUCAAGAUGAAACUGCUAAUGUUUCAUCUAUCAUCGUUCCAUCUAAUGCGACUGAUUUAACUAAUUUAAAUGAGGUUAAACACCAAGAUGAUGUCGUUUCUAAAAAACCUAAAAAGAAACACUCUGAUAAUGAUAUAUGUGAAGUUAAUUAUUUAAUUGAAGAUGACAUUCAUAUUCAAUUCCUCAGAAAUCCAAAAUUUCUUCCCUAUUUAAUUAAUUAUAUAAAACAAGAAAUAUUUUCAAUUGAAAUUGAUAUUAAACAAGUAAAUUCAAAAGAUGAUGAAUCAUUACUUAAUUAUACGGUUAAAUUAAUAGGAAAAAAACAACAAAUUCGAGUUGUUCGAAGUUUUAUUAAAAAUUUAUUUAAAUCAAUAAAAUCAAAAAUUUAUCAUCAAAAUAAAAUUCGAAAAUGGUUAUUUGAUUUAACAUUCAUUAAUAUUAUUCAAAAUAUAUUAGAUAACGAAAGUCAUCUAUUUACUCUAUGUCAAUUUAGUAGAAGAAAUAAUAAAAUCUUAGAAAUUUAUUAUUUUGAUAAUGAAAAAUUUAAUUCUUUUCAAAAUCCUAUUGAAAUUGAUAAUAUCAUUCAAAAUCAAAUUUCCGAAGAAAAUAUUAUUUUAUCAUCAAAUAAGCAUUUACAAAUUAUUGAACAUAUAGAUAUAAAUUCAAAAAAAAUCUUAUCAAAUUAUAAAAUUGGUCCAUCGAAAAAAUAUGAAGAAGAACUACAUAAGAAUAUAAAUCAAUAUGAACAAGAUAAUAUGUUAAUUUCUAUUACUCGAAAUCCAUAUUGUAAAAAUCGAAGUAAUACAAAACAAAUAAUUAGAAUAUUUGGAUAUCGAAAAUUCGUCGAAGAAAUUUUGCAAAAGUUCAAGGAUUUAUUCGAUAAAUAUAGAUUGAGAAAAUAUAAAUUUAGUCAAUUUUCAUCUGAACAACUUGACUAUCUUGCAGACACUUUUGGUCAAACAUUGUCUAGUGUUGGAGAAGAAUUUCAAGACGGUUAUGUAAUUUACCAUUUAAGACAAAAUCAAUUUUAUGCACCAGAAUUUUUAAAAAAUGAAGUUCAAAAUUUUAUCAUAAGUUUAUUAUCCAAUUUAAAUACAAAAACACUGAAAACAACAGAAUUCUAUUAUGAUAUUGCUGAUAAAUUAUGUUCAAAUAUAAAAAAUAUUGCUCAACAAAAUCAUUGUUAUUGUGAAUUAAAAUUAAAAACAAAAUUAAAAUCUUAUUCAAUUCCAAGAUCUAAUGAAAAUACAUUGAUUACAUCGAAAUCAAUUAUUGAACAAUCAAAUUUAUUGUGUUCAUUACCAUUCGUUUUUUGUCAAACGAAAUUAACCCAUGGAUCAAUUGACGUUCUUAUGGGUGAUAUUGCUUUACAAAAAGUCGAUAUUAUUAUUAUUCCGUCAACAUCAUUUGGAUUAAAAGAAAAUUUAAUCGAACGAGCAGGUAAAAUCAUUGAACAGCAAUCAUUAAAUCAAACGGAUCAAAAAGAAAGUGAAACAAAUUCAAUGCCAUUCAUUACUGAAACAACUGGUGGAGAGUUGAAUUGUAAAAAAAUUUUAUUUGUAAAUUGGUCGUUACCAACAAUGAUAACAAAUGAGGAUUAUUUAAGUGAUUCGAUUCGAUUAUUUAUUUCGAAAUCGAUUCAGUACGUUAUCAUGAAUAGUCAACAAGAGAAUUUAAAAAUUCAAUCAAUUGCAUUUGCAGUUCCUGAUUCAUGUAAACACGAACAAAUUUUAGCAGAAGAAAUGGUUGAAGAAACAAUCAAUCAAAUUAAUUUAACAAAAUCUUUAUCAUUAAAAGUAUCAUUUAUUUUAUUACCCGAUCAACAAACAUUACAUCAACAAUUUUUAAAUGUUAUUCAGACAAUACAAACCACGAAAGAUAAUUUUGGAAUUUUUUGUUGUCCAGCAUCAACCAUUACAAUUACCCUUACAUCAUCAAAUCCUGAAUAUUUUACAGAAUGCGAAAAAAAAAUUAAUAAUUAUUUAAAAAGAUCUACUUUUGAAAUGAAUCUAGAUGGAUUUCAACAUUGGAAUCAAUAUAUGAUCAAUGCUUUUUAUAAAUAUUCUAAUGAUAAACAUGUUUUACCUAAAUUAGAUAAUCAACAACAUAUUGUAUUAUAUGGUCCUAUAAAUAAUGUUUAUGAAGUUUAUCAAAGAUAUCAAUUAAUAAAUGCAUUAAUUCAAGAAAAAACAAAUUUAUUAUCACUAUUUUCAACAAAUAUAUCAUCCACUAAUUUCAAUAUUAUGUUAAGUUAUUCACAAGAUGAUUCGAUAAUAUCACAUCGUUUAGCUAAUCGUCUUAUUGAUGAAGGUUUUUCUGUAUGGAUGAAUUCAAAUCAAUCAACAGAAUUCGAUCAAAUAUUAAGAAAAAUAAAAAAAUCUGAUUGUAUUAUUCUUUGUAUAAGUGAAAAUUAUUUUCAAAAUGAAUUAUGUGAAAAAGAAGCAAAAUAUAUUGAUGAAAUAGGAAAAUGUAUGAUUCCAGUAAAAGUUCAAUAUUAUGAACCAAUUGAAUGGUUACAAAAAUUAAUUGAAAAAGAAUCAUAUUUUCAAUUAUUUGGAUCAGAAAAUCAUUUUAAUUUAGAAUAUGAUAAAUUAUUAUUAAAAAUUUGUUCCAAAUCUUUAGGAACUAGAUCUAUCUAUCGUUUUAAUGGGGACAAAAAUUUUAAAACAUUAUUAAAUAUUCCACCAUUUACAUACACUGGGGAUAUUAAUAACGCAGUAUUUCCUAUGUUGGAUGAAACUUUACAAAAUUCAUAUCUAUUAUUUUCUUUGCGUCAACAUUAUUCAAUGCCCGACGAAUCAGAUAGUCUUUCAAACAAGAAUAAUUCCAGUUCUACAAGUCGUUCGUCAACACCGAGAAAAAUAUUUAUCUCAAAACAACUAGAAAUUCCUAGUGAAAAAGUAAAUAUUGAUAGAAUUGAUUCUCAAACAACAUCAAAUCAACGAAAAAUUUCGAUUAGUAGUUCUUCUGAAGAAGAAAUCAUAACGAAACAUCGAGAAAUUCCUAAUCAACGAAAAAGUUCGAUUAUUAGUUCUUCUGAAGAAAAAAUUAUAACGAAAAAAAGUAGAAAACGAAAAGAAUCCAAAAUAAAUUAUAAACCAAAAAUUAUUAUUCCUGAAAAACAUUUUAUAAGAAAUUCUUUAAGAGAAAAUGAAAAACUUGAAUUUAAAUUAAAAUUUGCUGAACAACAUCAAAAAAAUGAAUAUGAAUUUCAAAAAUUCUGUAAAGAUUAUGAACAUUCAAUGUAUUUACUAUCGAAACAAAACAUUCAUCACUAUCCAACAGUUAUAUUUGGUCCAUGUCCAUUUUCAAACAUAAAAACUAAACCACGUAAAACAGUACAAACGCAUAAUAAAAUUGAACUUCCAUUAAAAUUUCCUUGGAAUGGAGUUUCCGAUACAACAAUUCCAUCAGUAAUAAGAAAAGAUCCAUCAAUAUUCUUCUUCUUCGAAGUACCAUCGUCGGAAAAAAACUAA